AUGUCUAAUUACUCCAAUCAAUUCCCUGUUGAGUACAGUAAAUUGCCGAGGGCUUGUCCUCUCAAUUACCGAGGGCUUAGAAUCCUACCCUGCUUGACUGCCUGCUUUGAAUCUAAAGCAUAUACUCCUAUAAGACUGACAGAAACUUUUGGGUUAUUGCUUACUCGGGGAAUCCUCUUCAUAAAGACCAAUGCCAGGACUACUCUAACGCUGACUGAUGAAGGCUUCUUUGCACAACAUCCCCUAGGAACUGAGAAGGCUUCAUCGCAGAAGGCUUGCUCCAUUGACUGA